UGAGCUCUCUGAUUGACGUCUCUCACAGUCAAUCCAAAUAUUUCUGGAGUAACAUGAGUUUCCGGAAGCUUGGGGAACUGACCAGUGAAACGGAGGCGACUUUGAGCAGCAGAUCAGGUUCUGAACAGGAUAUAGAACACGAGGAAGCACCAUGUACUUCACAUACACACAGACUGGGUAGUUACGAGGAGCAGACGAAGGCAGAUGCAGGGUUGACUGACUAUGAACAAAGUAAUACUGAGGUACAGGAUAACGCUAUUCAUCCAAAAGGGCAACUACCCAAAGUAGGAACAAAGGUAACUUACAUGCCAGAAGGGACCAGUAUGUGGAGGGAUGCCACCAUCACAGGGAGAGCAGAAGGAUUGCACCAUACUACACCAGAGAAUACAGAGAGGAUAGACACCGCAGACAGAUCCUGACCAUCACCCAAAGAACAACUGCACAAUUACAUGGAUGAGAAACCAUUCAAGAGUGAGGUCUGCAACCAAGCCUGCACACAGUCAUCGAUGUUCUUGAAUCACCAACUCAUUCAUGUAGGUCAAAAGCUCUUCAGCUGCGAGGUGUGCAACAAAUCAUUCUCAAAGUCAUGGAACCUCCACAUGCACCAACGCAUUCACACAGGGGAGAAACCAUUCACAUGUGAGGUGUGUGACAAAUCAUUCUCGCUGGCAUCGACCCUCCGUGUACACCAACGCAUUCAUACGGGCGAGAAACCAUUCCCUUGCGAGUUUUGCAACAAAUCAUUCUCCCAGUUGACCAGCCUCCGUGCACACCAAUGCAUUCACACAGGCGAGAAACCAUUCUCCUGCGAGCUGUGUAACAAAUCAUUCUCCAUGUCAUCACAACUCCUCAUGCACCAACGCAUGCAUGCUGGGGAGAAACCAUUCACAUGUGUGGUAUGUAACAAAUCAUUCUCGGAGUCAUCGAGCCUCCGCAAACACCAACGCAUUCACACCGGGGAGAAACCAUUCACGUGCAAAGAAUGCAACAAAUCAUUCUCGGACUCAUCACACCUCUGCAGACACCAACGCAUUCACACUGGAGAGAAACCAUUCACAUGUGAUAUGUGUGACAAAUCAUUCUCAAUUUCAUCGACCCUGCGGGAGCACCAACGCAUUCACACCGGGGAGAAACCAUUCACGUGCGAAGUGUGCGACAAAUCAUUCUCGCGACUUACGAACCUCUGCGCACACCAACGCAUUCACACCAGGGAGAAACCAUUCACAUGCAAGGUGUGCGAGAAAUCAUUCUCAUGGUUAACGAACCUCCGUGCACAUCAAAGCAUUCACACAGGGGAGAAAGCAGCCAAAUGUGAGGUGUGUGACAAAUCCUUCACACAGGUAAGAAGCCUCCUGCGACAUCAGGCAAUCCACAAAGGAGAGAAACCCUUCAAGUGUGAGGUUUGCGAUAAAGCUUUUGUGAGGUCUUCAAGCCUCCUGAUGCACCAGAGGCUUCAUACAGGAGAGAAACCAUUCAAGUGUGAGGUUUGCAAUAAAGCCUUCACGGCAUCUUGGAGCCUCCUGAAACACCAAAGGAAUCACACAGGGGAAAAACCCUUCAGGUGUGAGGUUUGUGAGAUGGCUUUCACCCAAUCCUCUGAUCUCCUGAGACACCAGAGGAUUCACAGAGGGGUGAAACCCUUCAAGUGUGAGGUAUGUGACCGAGCGUUCACACGGUCAUCUACGCUUGUGCAACACCAACGCAUUCACACAAAGGAGAAACCAUUCACAUGUGAUGUGUGCAAAAAAUCCUUCACCCAAUCAUCGACACUUGUGCAACACCAACGCAUUCACACUGGGGAGAAACCGUUCAAGUGUGUGGUGUGUGAUAAAGCCUUUACAAAGUGUUCGAAGCUUCUGGUCCAUCAGACAGUCCACACAGGGGAGAAACCCUUCAAGUGUAAGGUGUGUAACAAAUCAUUCACAGAAUCAGCGACCCUUCGCAUACAUCAACGUAUUCAUACAGGGGAGAAACCAUUUACGUGUGAGGUGUGUGACAAAUCAUUCUUUUGGCCUUUGGCCUUCCGCAUUCACCAACGCACUCAUGCCAGGGAGAAACCAUUCAUGUGAAACCAUUCGUAUGAGACCAUUCAUGUGAGAGGUGCGUGACAUAUGAUUUUCACAUUCAUCAAACCUCCAGAGACACCAAAGCAUUCACACAGGAGAAACCAUUCAACUGUGAGAUGUUCAACAAAUCGUUCUUUGAGUCGACAUCCCCCCUGCUCCAUCACAGGAAUCACACAGUGGAGUAACUCUUCAAGUGUGAGAUUUGUGAUAAAGCUUUCGUGAGAUCUUCAACCCCUCACCCCCCCCGGGACACCAGGAGGUUCACAACUCUUCAGGUGCAAUGUUUGUGACAAGGCUUUCACUGACUCCUCCGAUCUCCUGAAGCACCAGCAGAUCCACACUGGUGAUAAACCAUUCAGGUGUGAGCUGUAUUAGUAGUCAACAUGUACCCUGAUCCAUCAACGCACCCACACAGGGAGAAACCCUAUCGGUGUGAGUUCUGUAAUAAAACCUUCAUACAGCUGUCAGAUCUGGAACAUCAGGGAACCCACAUGAGAGACAAACUUUUCCAGUGUGACGUGUGACAGGAUUGUUUCACCUAUUCCUCUCUCAUCACAAACUGAUGUCUCCACACAGACUUGGAACCGGGUCACCUACUUCUGUUGCACUGAGAGUUGUCUGUGUUGUUUACCCUCCAGUGUUCACACAGGGGAGCUGUCGUUCCAAAGCACUGUCUGUCUCAGCAGUGUCUGUCUCGAACCUCUCCUACUAUCACUGCAGUAGUUUCAAGAAAGUCAAUUUAAUCAGAUCACCAAAAGAAGAUAUCAAUAUGCAUAGAAUGUCCUGCUUGUGCACGGAUGUCACUGUGUCUCUGGGAGGAUUUCCUCACCAUAGGAAGUAGGCGAUUCAGGAGAAUGUGUGUCAGGAUUCUCCGUAAUCUGGACAAGAGGGAAAUCCUCAAUAAUUUCCACAGUGUGAUUUAUCUCCCUUCUUAAAGAUAGUUACAAUUGUCACAUUCCUGAAGCCGGAGAGAGUCCUUUUUCCUACCAAAUCUGUAGGAUGAGUUUAUGGAGUCUUGAUGUGAGCAGAAGCCCACCAGCUUUGAAGACCUCAGCUGGAAUACCAUCGGGGCCACAGACUUUGUUGUUUUUCAUCUGUUUGAUUGUUUGUUGCAGCUCUCCCAUCAAUGGUGACUCACCCAUGGAUUCUACCACAGGCACUGGGGGAUAGACUGGAGGGUAUCAGCUGUCACUGUGGAUUCAUGGUUGAGGAGUUGUUCAAAAUGUUCUUUCCAGCGUUAACAGAUGGCAUUAUCAUCCUUAAGAAGAAAAACACCAUCCUGGGAACAAAGGGGAUUUUGAUGUCCACAGAUGGCCUCGGUGACUUCAUAAAAGCUUCACAUCAUGAUGAUCAGCAUGUUGAGCCUCUCGGGAUUUAUUUUCCCAUCACCUGUCAUUUCUUUAUCUUCCAGAUUUGUUUUUGGGCAUCAGCCUUGAGCUGUUGAGAUGCUGCCUUCUUGAGUUGUGACUGUGGGUUGUUCUGCCAGACAAUGAAGGCCGAUUGCUUUUGCUCCAGGAGGUCACUUAUUUGAGCAUCAUGUUCAUCGAGCCAGUCCUGGUGACGACGAUGCUCAAACCCAAUGGUCUGGGCACAGGAGUUCAGUACAGCUGACUUUAUUUGAUCCCAAUGUUUGGGAAUUAAGUUGAUGUGUGAAGAUUUUCCACAUUGGUCGUGAACUGCACCUGGAAUUCCUCUCUUCGGUCGGGCUGUUUUAGGGCUGAGAUAUUGAUCUUCUUCCUCUUAGACUUUUGGACAUUGUGAUGUCUUGGUACUGGGUGGAUGUUCAUCACUGAUCGAACAAGUCGAUGAUCUGUCCAGCAGGUAUCAGCCCCCACAUGGAUCGAGUGAUACAGACAUCACUUAGAACUUUGACUUGGCUUUAGACCUUCCAGAGGAACCUCCGACAUGGUCUUUGUUCCCAAAAAAAUCCAAGAAAAAAUUUGAGAACAGCACCAGGAACUCUUCAUUCAUUGUUGUGGUCAAAGCAUUUGACUCAGUAAAUUGCGAGGCUCUGUGUAAUCCAAUGAUUUGGAUGUCCAAGAAACUUCAUUAUAAUCCUGCAAUUGCUUCAUGAUGAUAUGACUGCAACUGUCUUGAGUGGGAGAUCUGAAACAGAAGCCUUCCAAAUCCGGGCUGGUGUCAAGCAAGGCUGUGUGAUAGCCCCCACUCUAUUUACAAUCUACCUGACAGUGACUAUUCACCUCAUCAAAGAUCAACUGCCCUCUGGUGUCAGUAUUAAGUUCCAUCUAAGAUAAAG